ACAACGACUCGACCGCGGCCCCAACAAGUCCUCCCGACGGGAUCCAGGUCACCGGCCCGGAACCAGCAGGGGGGACAGGACGGCCGACGUGUGACCCCGGAUGGCGACGUGCGCGGCGGCGCACCAAUGCGCGCGACUGGUGCUGCUGGUGUGUCUCAGGAUGCUGCUGGUGGGGAGCGAGGGAACGAGUGUUUCUGAGGAUGACGUCAUCCCGCCGCUCGCCGAGGGCCGUGGCCCCGCCCACUCCCACCACCAGACCCAGUUGGAGCCCCGCGGCAGCCGGACGUACGAGACGUGGCCCUCCAGCCGGCGCCGGGUGCUCCCCGAGGCCGAGUCCACCGUCUUCAUGACGGACACGCCGCUCGACGGCGGCGCGUCCCGCCCGCUCUACGGUCACGUGACGGUGGUCCGAGACCCGCUGAGGACGCUGUCCGUGGUGGAGCCCGGCGGCCCCGGCGGCUGCGAGGCGAGCCCCCGGGUGACGGUGGAGGAGACGGCGUUGAAGGCCGGCUGCCUGUACGCCCAGAACGCCGGCUUCUUCAACACCACCGACGACCGUUGCCUCGGCAACGUGGUGAGCGACGGCCGACUGGUGAGGGACAGCGGGGGGGUCCCGAACGCCCAGUUCGGCAUCCGGAGGGACGGCAGCCUGGUGUUCGGAUACCUGUCCCAGCAGGAUGUCCUGGACCAGUCCAACCCGUUCCUGCAGCUGGUCAGCGGUGUGGUCUGGCUGCUGAGGAACGGAGAGCUCUACAUCAACCAGAGCCUGGAGGCCGAGUGCAACAUACUGGACAACGACGUGUUCCGUGAGUUCGUGGACGUGCUGUCGGCGAGGACGGUGGUGGGUCACGAUGCCGAGGGCAACGUAGUCCUGUUCCACGUGGACGGGCAGACCCUGAAGAGAGGGUGGGUCCUCGUUCAUGUCCAUCCGACUCGUGAUCACUUGGUCUACAGAUCCGGCGGUUUGGCGGCUUCGUGCCGCGGCCCUCGUCAUUCUGCAUUCUUUGGUUCUGUUCGCGACGGGGUGCAGCUGUCACCGGCCUUUGAAGCUUAAAUCUGAGCCUCGUUAGACGGGUGUGCAGGUUUUACGCAACAAGGCGAAAAACAGGAAUUUAAUGGGUUUUUUAAACGGCGGCAAUAAAACGGUUCUCUUAGUCGUGUGUACGCUAAAAGCUCGUUGAAAGCUCAUAAAAACUUUGUGCGUCACCUGUGGGCAGUUUGAGUGUAACGUCUUACUGUGUGUCAGAAGCCAGGAGCAUGCUGGGUAGUGGCGUGGCCUCAGGCUGAGCUCAGGCCUCCAGCUCUCAGGUGUGUUCUGCCCUUAGCCAACAGUCAUAAUUAGAUGAGUGUAUUCAACGUGUGUGUUCACAUGACAGGAUGAACCUCUGGGAGGUGGCAGAGUUCCUGAGGAGCCACGGCGUGAUCAACGCCAUCAACCUGGAUGGGGGCGGGUCCUCCAGCUUCG